UUUCUCCGGUUGCACAUGUGUCAACAAUAAAAAAAAAAAUUAGGUUAGAUUUAAUAUUUAUUCUGUGAUAUGUGUGAUCUAAACCUCGGAAGAGGUGAUCUAGACUUUCGUCCUUGUAAUAAUGUUUAACCGAAAAUUAUGUUAUAUAUUUCCGUUGUAUUUGUUAAAGAAACAUUUCUAAUCGAUUAUCCUCUGUUUUUUAUUACUUAAUUGUUGUUUUUAUGAUUUCGAAGUGAUGUCCUGUAAUGUAAACAAAUCAAGUGAGGCGUUGAUAUGAAGAGUAAAACAAUUGAACGAUAACAUUCAUAAUUUAAGAUAGAAGUUUGAUCUAAGUUUAUCUGAAGAAGAAACAGUGUGCAUUUUCUUUUACUCUUGAGGACAUAUUUUAUAUCUUUUAUUUUAAUUAUUAUUUAUGUUAUAGUACACAUUUAUUGCCAGUUAUUUAUUCAGAAUCUCAAAAAUUUUGAAGUUCGAUGUUUAUAGAACUUAUUUAUCUUUAAAAAAAUGGAAAAGAUCAGUGUAGAACCUCCUCAGAAAAAAGUGAAAAUAGGAAAUGGGUCAUCAGAGACAAAUAACUAUGAAAAUGAUGUUACUUUAAGUAGAAUUCGUAUAGGAUCUAGAAAAAGUCAGUUAGCAUUAUUUCAGACCAAUUUUGUUGCUGACUUGCUUAGAAAGUAUUAUUCGGGCAUUUCUUAUGACAUAGUUAGCAUGUCUACAAUUGGAGACAAAAUAUUAGAUAAAGCAUUAUCUAAAAUUGGUGAAAAAAGUCUGUUCACAAAAGAAUUAGAAAUUGCUUUAGAAAAGCAGGAAGUUCAUAUUGUUGUGCAUUCAUUGAAAGAUCUUCCCACAACCUUGCCAGCUGGGAUGGUAAUCGCAGCCAUCUGCAAGAGAGAGAACCCAUUUGAUGUAGUUGUUUUCAGUUCAGAUUGUGAUCAUAAAAAUCUGAAAGAACUUCCUGAUGGAAGUGUUAUAGGCACAAGCUCUCUACGAAGAAUAGCUCAACUGAAAAGAUUAUUUCCGAAUCUACAGUUUGAAAGCAUUAGAGGAAAUUUAAACACACGAUUUCGUAAACUGGAUGAAGAUAAAAUCUAUUCAGCAAUUAUUUUAGCUGCAGCUGGUGUUAUAAGAUUGGAUUUGGAACAUCGUAUAAAUCAAGUGCUUACACCAGAAGAGUGCAUGUAUGCUGUAGGUCAAGGGGCACUGGCAAUAGAAUGUAGAGAAAAUGAUACAUUGACCAUAAAAUUGCUUUCCAAAAUAUCUGAUGAAGAAACAACUCUUUGUUGUAUUGCCGAAAGAGCUUUUAUGAAAACAUUAGAAGGUGGAUGUAGUGUUCCAAUUGGUGUGUAUUCAAGCCUCAAAAGUAAGAAGCUUACACUAAAAGGAGGAGUCUACAGUUUAGAUGGAUCAAAGAGUAUUGUUGAUGAGAUUACUGAUGACAUAUAUGUUGAAAAGAAUUCCAUCAGACCUCAAGAACAUUAUAUUGGUAUUGUUGCACCCCACUUGCCACAUCAUGUUUUAAAUGCUGCAGAGAGUUUAGGCAAGAAACUUGCUAACUUAUUGCUUCAAAAAGGAGCGGGUGAUAUUUUGAAAGAAGCAAAGUUAAAAAAUAUUUUACUUCCACCUCCUACAAAAUAAAUAUAUUUUUUUGUUAAGUAUUUUUUACAGAGUAUUUUUGUAUUUAUUUUUCAAUGUUGUUAAUAAAACUUUGAAAUUUU